AUGGGGAAGCCAAAGUACCUAAAGAAGAAACAAGAGGCGGCCGCCGCGUCCGACCAGAACCAAAAACAACCGCAGCAGCAGACGGAGUCGAAGUCCGCUAUUCCUGAUGAGGAGCCGAAGAGCUCGGGUGCGAUGGUAGCCUUUGCCAAUCCUGUUUUUCGUGACGGUGUGAGUGACAUUCUCGUCGAGAAGAUCGACAUUAGUUACCAAGGCGUGCCAAUCCUCGAGAACGCCACGCUGAACCUCGUAGCGGGGCACCGCUAUGGUCUUGUUGGUCCCAAUGGCUGCGGAAAGUCGACUCUGCUGAAGGUGCUCGGCUUCUAUGAGAUACCGUUCCCGAAGCACGUUGAUCGCUACUUUGUUUCACAGGAGGUGGAAGCGUCCGACAUGACAGCACUCAACGCCGUUGUCUCCGUUGACAAGGAGAAGGAGAAUCUGGAAAGGGAGCUGGAGGAGCUUGCGCUUGCAGACCAGGAGGACGCCACAGUGGUGAUGCGCACGGACGAGAUUUACAAGCGGCUCGAUGAGCUUGACGCCAAUACGGCAGAAGCGCGUGCUGGAAAAAUUCUGUUCGGUUUGGGAUUCACACCAGAAAUGCAGCAGCGGCCAACCAGUUCCUUCUCUGGUGGCUGGCGUAUGCGUAUUUCGUUGGCACAGGCGCUGUUCAUCAAUCCCACCGUCCUGUUGCUCGACGAACCUACAAACCAUCUCGAUAUUGAGGCUGUCGUGUGGCUGGAGAACUACCUUUCCAAGUUUAAAAAGAUUCUCUUUAUGGUUUCACACUCGCAGGACUUUAUGAACAAUGUGUGCACCAAGGUGGCCCACAUGGGUCAGGGUAAGCUCCUAUACUACGAUGGAAACUACGAUCAGUACUGCAUUACUCGUGCGGAGAAGGAGAGUAACCAAAUGCGGCGCUUCCAGUGGGAACAGAAUCAGAUCAAAAAUAUGAAGGAGUACAUUGCCCGCUUCGGUCACGGUAGUGCGAAACUCGCCCGACAGGCGCAGUCGAAGGAGAAAACACUUGCCCGCAUGGUGCAGGGUGGUCUCACAGAUGCAGUUGCGAAGGACCGACAGGUGAACUUUGGAUUUCCGUGUGCCGGUCAGCUGCCGCCACCGAUGUUGCAGUUCCGAGAGGUUUCCUUCGCAUACCCCAACCGUGACCCGCUCUUUGAAGAUCUCGAGCUUGGCAUUGACAUGGAAUCCCGUAUAUGUCUCGUGGGGCCAAACGGUGCCGGCAAGACGACCUUGACAAAACUCAUGUGUCGCGAGUUGGAGCCUACGCGCGGCUACGUGGCGAAGAAUGCGCACUGCAUUAUUGCACGUUUCCAUCAGCACUUUGUGGAUCAGAUCGACAUGUCGCUAACACCGCUUGAGUGGAUGGGGCAGGAGUAUCGGAGUGUUACUGACACGACCAUACUGCGCAGCGCGCUCGGCCGCUUUGGCGUCUCUGGGAAGCUGCAGAUGACGCCGAUGAAUACCCUCUCUGAUGGGCAGAAAUCGCGUGUUGUGUUUGCGUGGAUGGCCUUCAAGACGCCACACUUGAUGAUUCUCGAUGAGCCGACAAAUCACUUGGACAUCGAAUCCAUUGACGCCUUAGCCGAUGCGGUGAACGCCUUUGAGGGAGCGGUCGUCGUUGUGUCGCACGAUCUCCGUCUUAUUGCGCAGAUUGCGGACGAAAUUUGGAUUGUGGAUAAAGGACAUUGCCAAAAGUUCAAUGGCGACAUCGCCGACUACAAGGAGCACGUCCAGCUCGAGGUGAAUCGCAUGACAGAGGACUACGCUAAACGGAAGUAG